AUGCGGAACCAAACCCUCUGCUUAAAGCUUCUUUGGAGAUUAUUCUCAUCCGACUCACUCUGGGCAAAAUGGAUGAGGAACAAUAAAAUAAAGGAUGAUGUGUUUUGGCUUAUAGACGAAAAGAAACAGUGUUCGUGGACUUGGAAAGCGCUGCUACACCUUCGACCUCUGGCCAUCCGUUUCUUGAAAAGUGAAGUAGGAAAUGGCAAAUUGGUUAGUUUCUGGUUUGAUCGGUGGACUCCUUUUGGCCAACUAAUUCAGUUUCUGGGCCCCUCAGGACCGAGCCUCACAGGAAUACCUCUUCGCAGUAUUGUGGCAUCUGCGAGCUCUCCUGAAGGGUGGAUUCUGCGUCCAGCGAGGUCCCCUCAAGCAAAGCUGUUACACAUACAUCUCACAACAAUUGUUUCACCUUCGUUAUCCUCAUACCAAGACAUCUUCUUUUGGAGUUCAAAUGAUGAUGAGUCCGUCUCUUUUUCUAUCAAGAAAACCUGGGAAGCUUUACGAGAAAGACACGACCCGCAACGUUGGACAGAACACAUAUGGUACAAGGGAGCUAUUCCAAGACUUUACCCUGAAAUUCGUGAACACUUAUUCCUCAACUGUGAGUUCAGUGAAGAGAUCUGA